AUGUCAGGAUUUGAUGAGAAGCUGCCGGCUAAAAAUCUUGUCAUCACCGAAUCUACGGGUGAUUCAGGUGAUAACGAGCUUGCUGACCAUGACUUCAUUGGAGAGUAUGCAGAUGAUCUUAAUCCUCUGGGUCUUGCAAUUGCAAAGCCAGAUGAUAAGCACAGAUACAGAAGUGUGAGUACCAGGCCACCAUUGGUGUGCUAUCUAAUUCUUUUGGUUGAAUUUGCUGAGAGGGGUUCCUAUUACGGUACCCAAGGUAUUCUCAAUAACUUCAUUAUGAGACCGCUUCCAGAGGGAUCCACUACCGGUAGAGUUUUUCAUGAUAAUGAUUCUGCAGGUGCACUUGGUAUGGGUAUUCCUGCGGCAAACGGUUUGACUAUGCUUUUGCAGUUCAUGGCCUAUGUCAUGCCAUUGUUUGGUGGUUAUCUUGCCGAUGCAAAGCUUGGUAAAUUCAAGGCCAUCAUGAUUGGUGUUUGGAUUGGUUUGCUUUCACAUAUUCUCUUCGUUAUUGCUGCCAUUCCAAGUGUUAUCGCUCAGGGACAUGCUGUCGUGGCCAUUGUGUUCGCAAUUUUGUCUCUUUCGGUUGGAACUGGUUUUAUUAAGCCAAACUUGCUUCCUCUUCUAUUAGAUCAAUAUCCGUAUAGAUGUGACGUUUUGCAGAAGCUACCUACAGGUGAGGUUGUUUACGUUGAUAGAAACAGAUCCAUGGAAACCAUCACUAUGACAUUCUAUUGGAGUAUUAAUAUUGGUGCCUUUUUGGAGAUUGCAACUUCUUAUUCAGCAAGGGAUGUUGGCUACUGGUUAGCUUUCUUGUGUCCUGGAAUUAUGUACUUGAUUGUCUGCAUAAUUAUGGUUAUUACAGGUCCUCGUUUAAGAAAGGAAGAUCCUCAAGGUUCUAUCUUAACUAACGUCUGUAAGGUUCUUCGCGUCUGUUUCCGUGGAAAUUUCCUUAAGAGAUUGACCCACAAGGAAUUCUGGCAUUAUGCUUAUCCUACCAACAUGGUUGCACGUGGUGAGAAGUUCUUUGUUGAAAAGAAGAGCAAGCCUAUUACUUGGACGGAUCAGGAUGUCACUGAUUUUCACAUUACAUUUUCCAGUUGUGUUAUGUUCUUGUACUGGAUUUUCUUCAAUCUAAAUGAUGGAGGUCUAGGAAGUUCGCUUAAUGCCCAAGCUGGUGCUAUGACAACAAAAAAUGUGCCUAAUGACUUGUUCAAUAACUUCAAUCAAAUCACCAUUGUUGUUCUCAUCCCAAUUUUAAACCGUAUCGUUUACCCACUUUUAUACAAGUAUCACAUCAACUUCAAAAUCACUUACAAGAUCUUCCUUGGCUUUAUGUUGGGAGUUAUUUCUUCUGUUGUUGCUGCUAUUCUCCAAUGGAGGGUCUAUGAGACGAGUCCUUGUGGAUACUAUGCUUCUGAUUGUGAAAAAGGUGUUUCUCCAAUCUCUGCUUGGUUUGAUGUGAUUGUCUAUGCUUUAGUGGCUGCCGGUGAGUGCUUUUGUUACACGGAGGCUUAUGAAUUGGCAUACACCAGAGCACCUGAAAAGUCUAAGGGUUUGGUGAUGGCCUUGUUCUUAUUAAUGAAUGCCUUUUCUGCUGCCAUUUCCGAAGCAGUUAGUGGUGCGCUUGUGGAUCCAUGGUUGAUAUAUCCUUUUGCUGCUAUUGCCAUUGCUGGAUUUAUUGCAGCAGUUAUCUUUUUGAUUAGCUACUGGAAUUUGGAUAAAAUUAUCCAUGCAGAACAGGAAGCUAAGGAGAAGUCUAGAAAACGGGAAGAUGAUGAAAAGAAAUUAUCAACAACAAACAGUAUUCGGACCGCUGCUGAGGUUGCUUCAGUCACCUCCAUUGCUGCAUAA